UUCGGUCCCUCUCUCUCUUCAAACCUCCCAAUCUCUCCCCCAAAUUCAUUUUCGACCGUUGAUCUCUCGCUCUCUCCAUCUACCUCUAUCUUCUCCCUCCCUCUCUCGCUCUACACAUCUCUCCAUCUGAUUUCUCUGGAAAUCCAACGCUCUGCAAUGAAAUCGUAGGGUUUCUCUAUCUAUCUAGAGAUUGUGUUAUUUUUCUAUCUUCUUCUCUCCAUAUCCAUCUUUCUAUAGGUUUCUGGAGGUUUUCCAGCGGUCUGAUUGGCAGAUCUGAGAAUCUACAGCUAGAGAGAAUCAAUUCCGCCUGCAAAGAUGUUCUGGCGGAUGGCGGGGCUCUCCACCACUUCUCCGGUGGAGUUUAUUCUGGAUAAGGAAAACUAUACCUUGGAAGAGCUUCUUGAUGAGGAUGAAAUAAUUCAAGAAUGCAAAGCACUCAACGGCCGCCUAAUCAAUUUUCUACGACAAAGAUCUCAGGUCGAACAAUUGCUUCGAUAUAUUGUGGAAGAAGCUCCUGAGGAUGCUGAAAAGAGACGCACUUUCAAGUUCCCAUUUAUUGCCUGUGAAAUAUUUACUUGUGAAGUUGAUAUUAUACUCAAAGCAUUAGUAGAGGAUGAGGAGUUGAUGCACUUGCUAUUUUCCUUCCUGGAACCUGAUCGCUCACAUAGUUCAUUGCUGGCUGGUUACUUUAGCAAGGCUCAUCCCGAAAUUUUUCGCCAACUGGUUGAUCUGAUUGGCAUUACGUCCAUUAUGGAGGUCUUAAUACGCCUGAUGGGUGCUGAUGAACAUAUUUAUUCCAAUUAUAUGGACUCAAAGCAGUGGUUACAAGAUUCGGAUGUGCUUGAGAUGAUUCUGAAUAAGUUCAGCUCCUCAGAUUCUCCUGAAGUACAUGCCAAUGCAGCAGAAAUCCUAUGUGCUAUAACUCGGUUUUCUCCUCCUGGGCUUGCUGCUAAAAUUUCUUGCCCAAGUUUUGUGGGAAGAUUAUUCCGUCAUGCACUGGAAGAUUCAAGACCGAAGUCUGUUUUAGUCCACUCAUUGUCUGUAUGCAUAUCAUUGUUGGAUCCUAGGAGAUUAGCAACGGCUCCUUAUCAUUUAUUCCGAGGUCAGAUGGCUCAGGGAUCAUCAGCAACUGCUAAUCCUGAGACAGUGGAAGGCAUGCUGGAAAGCCUUGGUGAUUUACUCAAGCUUUUGGAUGUUUCUUCUGGUGAGACCGUCUUACUCACCACGUAUGGCAAGCUGCAGCCACCUCUUGGGAAACAUCGAUUGAAGAUUGUAGAGUUCAUCUCCGUUUUACUGACAAUUGGUAGUGAAGCUGCUGAAAAGGAACUGAUUCGACUAGGGGCCAUACAACAAAUUCUAGAUUUGUUUUUUGAGUAUCCAUACAAUAACUUUUUGCAUCACCACGUGGAGAACAUUAUAGUAUCUUGCCUGGAGAGCAAGAAUGGUCUACUUAUUGAUCACCUUCUACAAGAUUGUGAUCUUGUUGGGAAAAUUCUUAGAGCAGAAAAACAUUCCACAUUGUCAACUGAUUCAAACAAGCCAACAAUGCCCACUGAGGAAAGAUCACCUCCCAAAAUAGGGAAUAUCGGACACUUGACACGUAUAUCUAACAAGCUCGUUCAGCUGGAGAAUAACAACAGCAAAAUACAGGCACAUCUUCAGGAAAACAGCGAGUGGCUUGAUUGGCAUACAAAUGUCCUGCUUAAACGCAAUGCAGUUGAAAAUGUUUACCAAUGGGCCUGCGGGCGGCCAACUUCAUUACAGGAUCGAACUAGGGACAGUGAUGAUGAUGAGUUCCGAGAUAGAGAUUACGAUGUGGCAGCAUUGGCAAAUAACUUGAGCCAGGCAUUUCGUUAUGGCAUCUACAGUAAUGACGGCAUCGAAGAGGCACAUGGAUCGCUGGAACGAGAUGAUGAGGAUGUCUACUUUGACGAUGAAUCUGCUGAAGUUGUCAUAUCUUCUCUCCGUCUGGGUGAUGAUCAGGACAGUGGCUCUCUCUUCACAAACUCCAACUGGUUUGCUUUCGAGGACAACAGAGUUGUCAACGAGCGCUCGAGCGGCUCACUUUCUUCACCAUCUCCUAGCAUGGAGGAGACUGGGCCUAUGGGAAGCAGCAGCAGCAGCGACGAUGAGGUUGCGGUUGGUGGAGAUGAUGAUUUAGUCGACACAGCGAUGCCUUCAAAGGAGCCUGGCCCCGGGUCUAACCUGGAGAAGGUUGGAGAUGGAGUUUCAGACAAUGGCGUAAUUGAGGAGUUGAAGGAAGACACCAGACCGUCGAUUUCCAGCGAAGGCAACAAUCCACCUGAAUGGGUUGAAUGGAGAGAGACACCGGAUUCCGGCGACCGGUCCGAUGUGGACCUGCCUCCAGCCAUCACACCGAAUGGUGAGGUGGAAGUAGAAGCAAAAGAUCAGAAUUGUGAUGAGAUGGACACAGAUUCAGGUGGUCCUUCCCCAUCAUCUUGUGAUGUGGCAGCAAACAGGGGGAACGUGGAUGCCGGUGGCAGCGAGAACCCAAGUUCUGAACAAGCUGGGCCCAGUGAUGGUGAUCCGAGUUCCGAUGCAUCACCACCUGAGGGGGCCAAACAAGAUGUCAAGAAAACAGGCGGGACUGAAGGCGGAAGUGACGGGAGUUAAUAUCAAUAACCUGUGCAAGUUUGAGGAACCGAUCCGGCGGGGAAUGGCGGGCCACACUGCCUGCAGGUAGAAUCUCAUUGAUCAGUUAGUGUAACUUUAGAGCUCUUGUACAUCUUGGCCGAAGUGCUUGUUGUUUGGAAGAGGCUCUGAUGAUAUUCUUUCGCCGUCUAUGGUCGGGCACUGUAAAAAAAGGACCGAGUGGCCUCCCUCUAAAUGAAGCCGAUGGGCAAAGGGUGGGUACUAAUUCGACAUUCUAUUCCUUAUAACAUCUGUGCAAUUGAUAGGCCGCGGGCCGCCAAUGGACGUUUUAGUUAGAUGUUUUAUAUUCAUGAUCAUAAAUGGGUGGGUCAUCUCCCUCCUUGUUUUUUCUUUUAAACGGUGGAUAUUGUCGACUUUACUCCAAUGCGAAAGAAGGCUGGUUUCUUUAA